AAUGUUCUACAGCGCAGUUAAACAAGAGAUUUUAUGCUUACUUGUUCUCUCAAGCUUGAGUGAACUGCAGAGCCUGUCUAAGAUAGCUAUGAGAAUUCCAACCUUUGUGCAGAGUGGAGAGAGCGCAGAUUUGACCUGCAGCUACUACCUGGACAGCAACUCGUUAUACAGUAUCAAGUGGUACAAGGGUCGGCAUGAGUUCUACAGGUAUAUGCCUGGUGAGGAUCCUCCAACUAGAGUUUUCCCGGUCAAAGGAAUGAAGAUAAAUAUGACCGCAUCUGACCAUGUGCGAGUAGUUCUGGAGGAUGUUGUGUCCUCCCUCUCCGGGGAGUAUCUCUGCGAGGUCACGGUCACACCCACCUACUUCGCUAUGGCCGAGACCGCUAAUAUGACCGUUAUUGAUUUUCCAUCUCGUGGUCCCGAAAUAGUUGUUGGUAGACCUGAAUAUCAGGCAGGAGAACAGGUUGGAGCUUCAUGUACAGUUCCUGCUUCAAACCCAUUCUCUACACUAGCCUGGUACAUAAACGAUGAACCGGCGUCAGACCUCUAUGUGAGCAGGUUAACUGAUUAUGGGAUAAACUCAGAAAACAGACAGCGGCUUGACCUCAAGUUCCCAGUACUUCAAUCUCAUUUUAAGAAUGGUCGUGUCAAGUUAAAGUGUUUGGCCACUAUUGCUGGACUCUACUGGAAAACUGCGGAGAUAAACCUUACCCAAGAACAUCCAAAGGUCUUUCCGAUUUUUGAAGGAGCUGACCCUUCUGCAUCUAGAUCUUCACCAGGAACAGUCCCUUAUGCUGAAAUGGGCUUCGAGUUUUCCCUGAUUUUCUGGUACAGUUUCCAACAAUACUUCAGACCAUGAGAAGUUAUUACUGUACAUGAUAAAAUACAAAUGUACACUUUUUACGGUUCAGUUAUGUACACUUAUUUACUAAUUAAUGUGUUUUUGAUUAACUACGAAUAAACAUUUAGCUCUAGAUAGAGAAAAAAUUUGAAUGCAAGCAUGUACACUCUAAACCCAACCAAGAACACGUUAAUCCAAUUUGUUAUGUACGUCCACCCUCCAAAACCCGACUAGAUCAAAUCUGUACUGUCGUCUUCAAAAUUUCAUUCUUUGUUUGUAAUUAUCACGUUUAACCCGAAAUCUUUGAAUUUUGAGAAUUGAGAGAAUGAGAAUCGGAGAAUUUGCAAAGAUUAAAGUUUAAAUCCUGAUUUAAUUAGCAAAUACAAUUAGUGAAUGAUCGGGGUUUAUUUUAAAAUUACAUUUUACAUUAAAAUAGUCGCUGGGCUAUAGUUCGUUUGUAAAUAUUUUAAAACAAUUUUGGAACUGACCAUGUACUAUUUUUCCCGGUCAUUUGCCAGUCUAUGUUACGCGCGCAUGCCCCGUAAAACUCCAAAACUAAGAGAGGGGGAUUGAAUUUUGUAGAUCCAGAAAAAUAAUAUCUGUGGGAUGCCUGUGUAGAGACAGGCAGCU